GGUCCAUGUCGAACAGAUUACCUAAGGCAAGUUUAUCCCGAUCCUUAGCGUCUGUCGGAACAAAAUUUGGGAGGACGGCCAGUUGAGCAACAUCGCGAGGCCCAUUGAAUUCGACGACAUCCCACGUGCAAGCUCGAAAACAGCCAAACACCUGGCUCGAGAAGCUCGCAUGUCCAUUCAGUAUGCGAUUGGCAUCUAAAGCAUCUCUGACUCCGCCGAUUGGAACUGACCCUUGCCCCUAGGUCACGAUGAGAGCACCACGGAUCCAGCAGUUUCUGAGCCCCUUCCUUCGCAAGGCUCCCGCCGCGCCAACUUGCCAGGCCAGAUGGCUCCAUAAGACACGAGAGGCUCCCGCGGUCCCGUCGCCGAUACCACUAGUUCCCGAUGUUCCGACUCUGCUCAAGGUCCUCGGCCGCGGCCUGAGCCAGCACGUCGACAAGUUCCCCUCGUGGGAGGCUCUCUUCACCCUCUCGUCGACACAACUUAGAGAGCUCGGCCUCGAACCACCACGGACCCGACGCUACCUUCUCACUUGGCUCGACAGAUACAGAAGGGGCGCAUUUGGCGUCGGUGGUGACUUCAAGCACGUCGAGAAUGGGGAGGCCUACCUCAAGAUCAUCCGUGACCCCGUGACGGAUAAGAAGCUGGUCGUCAACGUCCCGGCCGGUACGGACGUAAAGGACGUCCCCGCCGACAAGCUGACGAGGCCGUCGGGUUACACGGUACGCGGCCUUCACACGAUUACCGGUCCCCACGCCUUGCCCCUGAAGGCCGGCGAGGGCGCGCGUGUGGUCGUGGCUGAGGGCAUGUGGGAGCACAAGCAGGGUCACAAGGUGGAUGGAGGUGAGCGCAGAAAAGCAGAGGUUCGCUUCAAGAAGCGUAUUGCCGCGCGCAGGGCCGAGAGGGAGGCUCAGGGUCUACGAUAAACGCAGUGGGGUGUUCUUUUCUCGCGACCACGCCAUUUUCCAGCCUCACACCACUUGACACCACCAACUGUACUAUAUUCAUAGAUCUUGUACGAUACGAGGUUGAAAAAUGGACAACGAUGAUCGAUUGCUUGGGUCUAAAUCCGCG